AUGUAUCCCAACCAUUCAUUCUCAUCACUAUCCUAUGCGGAUAUGUUCACCGCGACCCCUCUGUUACCUCACAACUAUUACAAUGAAUCUGUAGGAGAACAAAAUGAGACAGUGUCAGUGACUAUGCAGUCCAUUGAUCAACAUUCCAAUCCUUGCAACUCUCAUUUAGAUUGUGAGCAAACUAUACAAUGUCAAGGGUUAUCUCUUAGUCUAGGGACACUUUUGCCUUCUACAUCAUCUAUCCCUCCAUUUCAAUAUCAGUAUCACGACGCCGGUUUUGUAUCACUGAUGAAUAAUGCUUGUCUUCCAAAGGGAACUACAAUAUCUAAUGAUGAUGACUUGAAAAGUGUUGAAUGUAUGACUUCUAUAUCUUCUGGAGGCUUUCAUGACAUUACCAAAAGGGAAACUUUUCAUGACUAUCAUCACACUUCAGAUCAAUGCCUGCAGGGCUCGCCGUCGGGAUUUGCUAACAUUUUCUUAAACUCCCAAUAUCUUAAGGCUGCACAGGAGUUACUUGAUGAGAUAGUUAAUGUCCGAAAGCAACGUGGAAUCGAAAAACAAAACAAAAUCCGCGGCGUUGGAUUAAAUAACUCCAAAGACACUGAUGGAAAAUGUACUAGUCAGUCUAGGCAAAUAUCUUCAGGCCCUAAUGAUUCUAAUUCCAAUUCUUCUAGCCAAUUAUCCUCAGCAGAAAGACAGAAUUGGUUGGAUACGAAAACAAAACUUCUGUCUAUCUUGGAUGAGGUAGAUAAGAGAUACAGACAAUACUGCCAUCAAAUGCAGAUUGUGGUGUCAUCUUUAGACAUGGUUGCUGGAUGUGGAGCAGCAGAACCAUAUACCACACUUGCAUUGCGAACAAUUUCACGCCAUUUUCGUUGCCUGCGCGAUGCAAUCAGCACCCAAAUUCAACUGAUUCAAAGGAACCUUGGGGAACAAGAAGGAAUUCCUCGUCUGCGGUAUGUGGAUCAACACCUUAGACAGCAAAAGGAACUUCAGCAACUUGGUGUUACGCGGCACGCUUGGAGGCCUCAAAGAGGACUUCCUGAAAACUCCGUUUCAAUACUUCGCGCUUGGCUCUUUGAGCAUUUUCUCAAUCCUUACCCGAAGGAUUCAGAGAAAAUAAUGCUAGCUAGGCAAACUGGUUUAACAAGGAAUCAGGUUGCGAAUUGGUUCAUUAACGCGCGUGUGCGUCUUUGGAAACCAAUGGUUGAGGAAAUAUACAAAGAAGAGUUUGGUGAUUCUGAGAUAAACUACAAUAAUUCAUCAGAAAAUCCACUCAUCAAAGGUAAAAGAGAUUACUAUACUCAAGAAAUUGAGUCACAGGACAAUGUACAAACUAUUACUAUUGAUGGUGUACAUGCCUGUUCCACUAAAGAACAUGCAAUGGAUUAUUAUGAAAGUAAAAAAUUGCAUGGUGGUAACGAAAGGUUCAGCGUGAAAAAUGGCUUUUAUUCAGAAAUAGCUUGUGAUACUGCCACAUAUGAUUUAUCAGAGAUUGGUGGUGGCCACCACCACAACCAACAACAACAACAACAACAACAUGUCUCUCUUUCAUUGGAGUUGAGGAACUGUGAAAGCGAUGGCUUAGCCAUAUCAGAUAAUGCCAAUCACAAAAGACACAACAUCAACAAUAAUAAUAUUAAUAAUCAGAUUUUGUCUUCUUCUUCAGGAAAGCAACAACACAGGUUUGGCAAUACUCAUUUGUUGCAUGAGUUUGUCGUAUAA